GCUUGGUUUGUGGCGGGGAAUAAAAGUUCGGGGUGAAGCGUUGAGGGACAGCGCGAGCCAGGUGAGGCGGGCGAAGGCGAGGCAGCCAGUGCCGGCCAAGAGGCUCCUGGGCUUGUGUGAGCAGGGCGUGGCGCGUGGGACUUUGGCGCCACCUCCCUCUCCGGCUGCUCUGGGGAGCGGACCAGCCCCCCUCCCUGGACAGAGGGAGGUGUCGCUCCUCCUCCGCCGCCGCCGCUGCCGCUGGAGGAGUUCUUGUUGCUAGAGCGAGAAAGAAGACGAGGGAACAAGCUUCGUGGAGCAUGCCUGCCGCCGCGCCGCCGCCGCCUCUGCACCCGCCAGCGGGGCCGGGGGGCUCCUGUGGUUGUCCCUACCCCCACCACCCCGAACCUCGGGGAUUUUUUGAUCAUGCUUUAAAUUGUAUAAGCUCAAGUAUAACAGAGAGGAGACUUCAAGGUACUUGCCCACCAAUUGGCCGUGGAAAUUUUGGAAAGCCAUUCUUUGGUACAAACUGUUUCAGCUCCCCAUUUAUAAAUUCCCGGACUGGUUUCCACACUAUCCAUUCUGAGAACAGCCCAGUAAAGCCAAGGAUUGUCACAGUGGUGAAACCCUGUGGGCACACAGUCAGGAAGAUUACCUUGCUUCUCAAUCGGCGUUCUGUUCAGACAUUUGAACAGCUGAUUGCUGAUAUUUCAGAAGCCCUGGGAUUUCCACGUUGGAAGAAUGACCGUGUGCGAAAACUAUAUAAUUUGAAGGGAAGGGAGAUCCGAAGCGUUUCUGAGUUCUUUAGAGAAGGUGAUGCUUUUAUAGCUAUGGGGAAAGAGCAGCUAACCCUGAAGAACCUAGAAGUGGCAAUCCAAGAACUUUAUCCUGAGAACCCUUAUGCUCCUGGAACUACACAAAACUGGGAGCAACCCCAGAAACCUAGAAACAGGCUCUAUGAGAAGACUUCCAAGGUAGAAAACAACCUUGAGCCUGUGGUUGCCAAGAACUGCAUAGAUGCUGUAUCUCCUAAACUAAUAAACAGACAUGAUAAGGUUAGACAAGAAGAGAAGGUGAGAACCAAAAAGAAAUGGAACAGACACAACUGGAAUGGAGAACAAGAUGUGAAGCCUUCUAGAAAAACUAGAGAAGUUGAGAGAUACUUUAAAGAAGAGAAACAUCCUGAAAGUGACGCAGAAAAGAGUUCAGACAUGAUCGUUAGGUGUGAGAAAUGCCAAAGAGAGAGGCAAUUCCAGCAAAAGCUACAGAAGGAAAAACAGGCUGAUCUUCCAUUUGAGAGCAGAGAUUUGAAUAUGAGAACAUGUCAGAGAUACAAUGUAGAAAGGCCUGCAAAACUGAGAGAUUGCAGGAAAUUAUCAGAAAGUUCAGUGAAAGAUGGUGAAAUUACAUGGAGUGAUGCUGGUUGUCAAAGUUCGUGGACAUCCUUACACAGCAAUGCAAGCAAAGAGCCAGAGAAACAGAAGAAGAGCAUUGAGAGAGAGAAAACCCUGGCGAGCCAUGACAAAGAAUUAGGAAGGAUAAAGAUGAAGCCCAUAGAAAGUCAGCAUACCAUAGUAGGAGAUGCUUAUGAACUAAAAAAGGAACAGAGAAAAUGUUCUAGUGUAAAUCAAAGCUGUUGGUUGAUAAAGGGUUCUCAGGUGGAUACGGAAAAACCAUCAAACAUUCAGGGGAAGAGAGAAGAUGUACGGAAGUCUAAAGAGGAAACUAUUGGAGAACAGAAAGUGGGGCAUGGUGAGGGAAAAUUGAUUAGGCAUGAACGAGAAGGAGAACCUAAAGCCAACAAAGAGACAAACAAGAUACGUAGGGCCAGUGAUACAAGGCUGAAACAUGAUGUGUCUAGCAGAGCAGAUGUGGAGAACUGUUACAAGAUUGGCAGGACCAUUGGAGAUGGGAAUUUUGCGGUUGUGAUGGAAUGCCACCACCACAGCACCAGUCAGAACUAUGCCAUGAAAAUCAUCGAUAAAUCCAAGCUGAAAGGAAAAGAAGACAUGCUAGAAAAUGAAAUCUUGAUCAUCAAGAGCCUCUCUCACCCCAACAUUGUUAGUUUAAUUGAAGUAUUUGAAACUGAUGCAGAGAUCUAUUUAAUCUUGGAGUACAUUCCUGGUGGGGACCUGUUUGAUGCUAUCAUAGAGAGUGUGAAAUUCACAGAACGGGAUGCUGCUCUCAUGAUAACUGAUUUGUGUGAAGCUCUAGUUUAUAUUCACAGCAAGAGCAUUGUCCACAGAGAUCUCAAGCCAGAAAAUCUUCUGGUUCAACGUAAUCCGGAUAAAACUACCACACUGAAACUAGCAGACUUUGGUCUUGCAAAGAGGGUGACAAAACCUAUAUUUACUGUGUGUGGAACGCCAACUUAUGUUGCCCCUGAAAUACUGGCUGAGAAUGGCUAUGGACUAGAAGUGGACAUGUGGGCUACUGGUGUAAUACUCUAUAUUUUGCUUUGUGGCUUCCCGCCAUUCCGAAGCCAUGAACGAGAUCAAGAGGAGCUGUUCCGAAUAAUACAGCUGGGGCAUUAUGAAUUUCUUUCACCAUACUGGGAUAAUAUUUCAGCUGCCGCAAAGGACCUGAUAAGCAGACUCCUUGUGGUGGAUCCCCAAAAGCGUUACACUGCUCAGCAAGUGCUUCAACAUCUGUGGAUUCAGACAGCUGGGAAAAACAGCAGCAGAAACCUGCAGAGGGAGGUGACACUCAAUCUUGAGCGGCACUUUCGGGGCCAGAGCAAGAAAGAAGCUGCCAACGAAGAAUCAUAAAGCCUGUGUCAGGCAUACGUAAUUGGAGUGGUGAGCCCACUGUGGAAACAUCCCUACUGCAUUUUAUUCAGAUAUACAGUCUUUUCGUAAGGAUCAAGCUCAGGGGAAAUCCAUUUAAUUUUGGAACUGGGGGUGUACACUGCGCUGAUCAGUUGACUCCCUCAGAUGUUGCAUGGCCACCUACUCUCCUGUUUUAAACUUCAACUUUUAACAAAAAUGGAUUUAAAGACAUCAGCAACAAUGCAAUCUUGGGUGACCCCUGAGGUAUGGGACAGCGGGGCAAGGCAAUUGACUGAACUGGCAUUCAGUUUACUGAUUAGUAUUUCUGUCAUUGACUUUCUAACACCAGAAGAAGCUGGGCUCAGCAUGCUGGUGAAAUUUGCACUGUCUCCUAUUUUUCCCAGUAUGUCCGUACACACCCAAACACUGCUUUUAGUGUUAAUCUAAUUUUCUGAAUGCUUGUACCUCUUUUAAGAAGUUAAGAUAUUACCUUAUUUAUUAUUGAGACAUUUAUAAUAGAUCUUGAAAUGUCUUGAAAAAUUUAAACUCCAAAGGCCUUGGCCAACUGCUAGUGAAGUGGAUAAGAUUGAUUCUAUCUGUAGUCAGCUCAAUAUAUUUUAUAUGUUUACAUAUUAGCCAGUAUCCAAAGGACUGCUGUAGAUGUGCCUGAGGACUCGAGUGUGGGAAUACAGUACUCAGUGGGAUUUUUGACUUAGAACAGCAAAUUUCCAUAUCUACUUUUGAAAGCUGCCUUGCUUUCCAAAGUCAAGUCUUGUUGCAUGGGAGGGGCGGGCUACUUUUUGAGCAACACAAAGCACCACCCCCAGGCAUAAAAAAACUAGUUGUGUGUUCUUUGACUCCUGUCCUGAAUAUAGAAUUCAACCUUGUUGUUAAAUUUUUAUUUGUAGUUGUAAAAGAUUUGGUUUAUUGAUAAAUGUAUUGAUAAGAAAUGGAUGUAAGGGACUCUCUGUAUGUAUGUACUUUGUAUAGUGUAUGUGGAGCUUUGUUUCAAGUGUAUUUAGAUGUAUAUAUUCUAAGCAUGCAAUAGAACUAUGAGGAAAAAUAAUAGGAUUGUAAUUUACUUUGUUAAUAGGAUGCAAGUUACCUUAACAACCUCAGUAAUUUUUUUUUUUAAAAAAAUAUUUUUGUAGUAUAUAUAGUGUAGAGUUGGACCACAUAAAAGAAAAGUCCCUCUUCUUUUAGCCAGGAAGAUGUGUUAGAAAUAAUUGUCCCAGAUAAUUACUCUGGGACUUGAUGUACAAUAUUAUGCAGUCAGAAACUGCUUCUGAAUUCAGUUGGCCCCUGCAAUUGGCAGGCUGAGAGAUCUCCACUAGAGGGAUCUACUCUGCCUGCUCCACAUCUGGUCCGAACUCAUAAAAGAAAAGUCCCUCUUCUUCUAGCCAGGAAGAUGUGUUAGAAAUAAUUGUCCCAGAUAAUUAGUCUGGGACUUGAUGUACAGGAGUGUAAUAUUUCGGUUGCUUCCAAUAUUAUGCAGUCAGAAACUGCUUCUGAAUUCAGUUGGCCCCUGCAAUUGGCAGGCUGAGAGAUCUCCACUAGAGGGAUCUACUCUGCCUGCUCCACAUCUGGUCCGAACUCUUGUCACUUGCCCUGGUCUAGAUCCGAGUAUGGCAGCCUAGCCUAGCACUGACAAGUUUGUGAGAAGCAAGUGGGGAAUAGGUAGGCAGCAGAUUAGUGAACUGAGGACAGAACUGAUUAUUUUUUAAAACCAAUUUGCUUCUUACUAUGAAGAAAUCCUUAAAAAGAAAAAGAUUCCUUGUUCCCAGAACAGACAAUUCAGUUUCUGCAGCAACUAUUUACUUUGGGAAACAGUUCUCCAUGCAUGUACAUCUUUCUGGCCUUUGGAGCAUAGAAGCAACUGAAAUCUGUUCCACGGUAUGCAAGUAAUUUUACAGUUUGCUUUCCCCUAGCCUGGUGAGAUGGGAAAUUGCACUCUAUUGGUAGAUGGAGUUUAGGUACAAAUCAUUCAUUAGGUAUGAAAUGUGGUUAUUAGCUGCAAACUUGCCAGCCUAGUUUUCAUGUCUUUACUUCUCAUUCCAUGUGUUUCACAGGGCUGGACCAUAACACUGAUAAGCAAAAUGAAAUUAAAUAAAAACAUCAGGAAUAUCUU